GAAACGUUACUUUUCCUUACGGAAUAAUAGCGCGGACAAUUUUUCCGCAAGGAAAAGUGACAGCUCCAUUUGAUUCGCACGGGAGGCGUUAUGAGUGUUACACUUUUAUCCUUAAGGGCUGUUUGCAAAGGAAUUUCUCGGCCUAUCUUGAUGCAUGGGAAAUUCCUUACCCGAAUCGCCCAAGAAACCGUUUUUCUUCCAUCACAGUACGCUGUUGCGAAGAAAUGACAAUUCAAAUGGCAGUCACCGUAGAAAGUUUCUGCCAGGAAUCGCUCAAGAAGUUUCUUGAGCGAUUCCUUUUGAACUCGAAACUGCGCUUUACUUGCCAUCUGCGAACCGCUCAAGUAAUUUUAAAGCGGAAUCAUUACUUGACCAUUACUUGUCCUAUCUUUUUGCACAGUACGUACGAAGUGGAAACUAGCCAUUAGUGGGUAAUCCCAAGGUCCUACGUCACAUCACUUUGGUAGUUUUUUUUUCGAGUCGUAAUUUUUCGGGUGAUAACUAUUUUGGCGCUUCGAGAGCGAGUACCACCUACAAUCGGUUCGAGUGAUUACGUUUUUUUUGUUAAAUGCGUUCCACCACACUGUCCGGCUUUGGUUCGGUUGGAUUAAGGUCGUCGGCGCUGCUGGACAGCUGCUUCUGCAUUAACACAGUACAGGUUGACCAUGGUUCUCAGGUGCAAGCGUAAAGUGUCUCCCUGGAUGUGGCUAUGGUGGUUGAUCGGGUUAUCGUUGUACUUCCACAUGCUGGUGGCGGAACUUCCGUUGAGCCUUAAGAAUUUAGCGAUCGAGAACAUUGCGGUCAGCGAGUGUUCCGAUCCGGAACGGUUGUUCGAGGCACUUCCGCAAUGCUAUUUCGAUCACCCGAACAAAACAGUCUGCUUCCGCGGAAUCGAGAAUCGCCGUUUGCGACACUUUCGGGCUCGGUUCAACCGCACCGCCGAACUAAUUCUGUGCCAUUGGCCAUGGAGGAGUUUCAACCCGAAUGAGCUGGUGGAGUUGACGCCCAACAUCGAGAAACUCUCGAUUACAGGAGAGAGCUUGUGGACGUUGAAGGGGGAUUUUCCGAUGCUACCUUACUUAAGGGCGAUCAAUUUCACGGGGACGAAGCUGAACUUCACGAGCAAUUCAACGUUCAGGGAACUGCCGGCGUUGAGGCAGGUGAACAUGCGAGGCAACGCUCUGGUACAGGUGGCUCCGUUCGAGUUCAGCAGCGAUCAUGUUGACAUCUUCCUUCAUGGUAAUCCGUGGAAUUGUACUAACGACAUGAUUUGGUUGCUGGAAGAGCAGAGCGGUUUCUUUGCUGACAAAUCGACGCUGGUCUGCAAGGACUGGAAGUACACCGGACGACCGGUUCUGACGGCCAUGGAGUACAAGCGCAACCUUCGGGAGCAUUGUAAAAACGAAGAACUUCGUAACUGUACCUGUAGGAUAUCGUAUCUGCGGUUGAGCGAUAGCGGCCGUACCUUUCACCCGUUGAUCACUGUUAACUGCACCGGUAAAGGAUUCUACCAGCUUCCGAGCUAUCUGCCACCGAACACUACAGUGCUGCACGUGGCCAACAACAAGAUCUCAUCGGUGGAGCGAUUAACCACGAUCGACCACUACAAAAAGGUCCAGGACAUCUAUCUGGACAACAACAAGAUUGUAUCAAUUGAUAUUCUGGAGGAUAGUGCGUGGCUGGAUAACUUCCGGAUACUCAGUUUGCGCGGCAAUAAGAUUAGCAGGAUACGCGUCUACAGCGUGGAGCACGCUCUCGAGCGGAACACCCACGUCGGUCAGCUGUACCUCGGGGGAAAUCCGUGGCGCUGCGGGUGCCGCUUUGCAACCCGUAUGCAGUCCUUCCUGCACAAGCACGAAUCCGUGGUGGUGGACUCGCGCAACAUAACGUGCUACAUACUGGACGACGAGGGCAACAGGUCCUACCACUACAUGAUGACACUGACGCCGAACGAUGUGUGCCGGUCGACGGCGCACAACAAGGCGGCCGUUUACGACGUCCUGAGCAUUGUGUUCGCCUCGUUAAUUCUGCUAAUCGUCAUCAAGCUGGCGUAUGAUUACUACAUUUAUCGGAAGUAUGGGAAGCUUCCGUGGCUGAUAAUGAAGAUGCCGUAGAGGGGGAAGGGGACGAGGGAAAGGGUAGAAGUGGGAAGCCUAGAUGGGCUUGUUGUUUUGUGAUAUGAUAUGCCAGCAGAAGGGCUGCGAAUUGCGAUGAUGAUGACGCCGAGACGACGUCGUGUCGCGCUCUCGAAUAUACUUAAUUACAUUUGUACAUAUAUUAGAAGCUGUAAAUCAAACGGCAAAUAGACGAAGAAUCUCAUGUAUGACGACUGA